CUGCUUUUACCCGGGUGCUCGCAGUCAAGAGAAGGAACCGAUUUCGAUCGUCGGGCAAUUCCACUCGGAGCGCAAUCAGUGAGGAAAGUGAAGGCGUGACGUGGACAUACCCCGCGAUACGCUCUUGCAACCGAUGCUGGGCUUCAGGAAUCUCAUCUGGCGGCGCAACUUCGUCUUGGAUAUCCCUGCUUAAAAACUGUCACGGGUGUCGGAUACUAAAUCUUGGACAGUCGACGAUGGCGCAGCUCAAGGUGGCUAUCAUUGGACAGAGCCCGUUCGCGGCGGAAGUCUACAAACUUUUGCUGCAGAACGGACACCAGGUGACCGGAGUGUUCACGAUCCCAGAUAAGGGGAACCGCGAGGAUCCUCUAGCAACCACCGCUAAAGCCGACAACACGCCGGUUUUCAAGAUCAAGGCUUGGAGGAGCAAGGGAGCGACCUUGCCCGAAAUCCUGGAGCUGUACAAGAGCAUCGAAGUGGACCUCAAUGUUCUCCCCUUCUGCAGCCAGUACAUCCCCAUGGAGGUCAUUAAUCAUCCUCGUCACCGUAGCGUAUGUUAUCAUCCGUCUUUGCUGCCCAGGCACAGAGGAGCGAGCGCCAUAAGCUGGACCUUGAUCCAAGGAGACAAUACCGCGGGAUUCUCGAUCUUCUGGGCGGACGACGGCCUGGAUACCGGGCCGAUUCUCCUUCAGAAAUCCUGCAAGGUGGAACCGAAUGACACGGUAGACAGCCUGUACAACAAAUUUCUCUAUCCGGAGGGUAUCAAGGCCAUGGGUGAGGCGGUGGACCUCGUCGCCAAGGGAAUCGCACCUAUGGUGCCGCAGCCGGUUGAGGGUGCGACUUACGAUCCCCUGCUGAACAAGAAGGAACUCCAGAAGGUUGACUGGACCAAGCCGGCCAAGGAGAUUCACGACUUUAUUCGUGGCCUGGACAGCACACCGGGAGCCUGGACGAUGCUGGACGGUGAGGAGGUGCGUCUUUUCGGGUCAUCCUUGUGGAACGGCAAACAACCGGAGGAAGUCGAGAAGACAGUCAACCUAGGGGAGCGAAUGGGAAACGUUCAUCACGGCGGUUUGUUGAUCGAGGCCGUCGACGGGCGAUUCGUUAACGUGGAGAGAAUCAAAAUCGGGACCAAGACCAUUCACGCCAGCAAAUACGGACAGACUGACGACAGCCUCUGGAACCAGAUCGAGGAGUUCACGGAAGAGGAGCUGAAGACUAUCGACGGUAUGCGCGAAAUCUGGGAGGAUAUUCUCAAAAUCGACGUGGACGACGACACGGAUUUCUUUGCCUCCGGUGGAGGCAGCAUGGACGUGGUGCGACUAGUGGAGGAAGUCAAGGACAAUUUCGGCGUAAGCCUGCAGAACAUCGACGUCUUCAUGGCGCCGGUCUUCACGGAGUUCGUCGCGACGGUCGUACUUACCGCUCGGGGAAACCUAGCCGCGAAGGAGAUCAAGUACGAUGCUGUGGAGGUGCAGACGAACAACAUGACCCUGAGAUUCCCCAAGCAGCUCUUCAUCGAUGGCCGGUUCGUUAACGGCCACGGUAAUCCUGUCGAUACGAUAAAUCCUCACGACGAGAGGGUGAUCUGCUCGGUGGAAAGCGCGAGCGCCGAGGAUGUCGAUCUAGCCAUCAGGGCCGCUCACAAAGCCUUCGAGGAGGGUGAGUGGGGCAAAAUCAGCGCCAGGGAGCGAGGAGCGUUGUUGUUCAGAUUAGCAGAUUUAAUGGAGGAGCACAAGGAAGAACUAGCCACUCUGGAGACCCUCGAUUCCGGCGCGGUCUAUACUCUCGCUCUGAAAACCCACAUAGGCAUGUCCAUCGAGACCUGGCGCUACUUCGCCGGCUGGUGCGACAAGAUUCAAGGCUCAACCAUACCCAUCUCGCACGCCCGCCCGAACCGGAAUCUCACGUUCACACGGCGCGAGCCGAUCGGCGUCUGCGGCCUGGUCACACCCUGGAACUACCCCCUGAUGAUGCUGUCGUGGAAGAUGGCGGCCUGUCUGGCGGCCGGCAAUACCGUCGUGAUGAAACCGGCCCAGGCAUCGCCCCUAACGGCCCUGAAAUUCGCCGAGCUGUCCGCACGCGCUGGAAUUCCACCCGGUGUCAUCAACAUCGUCUGCGGAUACGGCAGUGCUGUCGGAAACGCCAUAGUGGCGCAUCCGUUGAUCAGAAAGCUGGGCUUCACCGGCUCCACGCAGGUCGGCCAAACCAUCAUGAGACGUUGCGCCGACAGUAACCUGAAGAAAGUGUCGUUGGAGCUCGGCGGUAAGAGUCCCCUCGUCAUCUUCGAGGACGCCGAUAUGCAGCAAGCGGUCAGGAUCGGUAUGAACGGCGUGUUUUUCAAUAAGGGCGAAAACUGCAUCGCCGCCGGACGACUCUUCGUCGAGGAGACCAUCCAUGACGAGUUCGUGAGACGUGUAAUCAACGAGGUAAAGAAGAUCACCAUCGGCAAUCCACUGGACAGGAGCACGGCUCACGGGCCGCAGAAUCACAAGGCACAUCUGGACAAACUCCUUCAGUUCGUGCAAAAGGGAGUCGAGGAGGGUGCCAAGUUGCUCUACGGCGGCAAGAGGUUGGACCGUCCCGGCUGGUACUUCGAACCGACCGUGUUCACGGACGUCGAGGACAACAUGUACAUUGCCAGGGAAGAGUCCUUCGGCCCGGUCAUGGUGAUCUCCAAGUUCAGCUCGAGGAACGUCGAUCAGAUGAUCGCGCGGGCGAACAACACGGAAUUCGGCCUGGCCUCGGGCGUCCUCACCAAGGAUAUCAGCAGGGCGCUCAGGUUCGCGGAGAAAAUCGAGGCCGGCACCGUGUUCAUCAACACGUACAACAAGACGGACGUAGCGGCACCGUUUGGCGGCUUCAAGAUGUCUGGGUUCGGCAAGGAUUUGGGGCAGGAGGCCCUUAACGAAUAUCUCAAGACGAAGACGGUCACCAUCGAGUACUAACAAUCAUUACCCGAAAACGUGUAUUAAUACGAUAUCAUCCCAGCAAACACCAAAGUAAUAGUAUAUACCCUGGCUAAGGUAAUAUUUUUCGUAAUUAAUUUAGAAU